UAACACAAAUGGAGGCAACAAUGGCUUUCCAAUCACACUCCCAGCUCGACCAGUAGACAAACAAGAUGAUCCAGCUGAUCCACUGGCUUCUAUGUACAAUUCCAAUCGUUGUGGGCGAGGUUCUGCCCCUGCAACUCGAUUUGGACAACAGUCAAAUUACCCCACGGCGAAGUGCCAGUCGCGGUGACAAGCUGCAAGUGUUCCACACCAUCUGGGGCGCCAUUCGCUCCGACUUCGCCACCGAUACGGACAAGGUAAAAGGCCUGUACAGUCAGCUAGGCGGAUUUGUUCGCGACGAGGUGCAGUGCAGCAGCGGCUCCACGGGUCGAUCUGCCUGCGAACUGCAGCAGGAGGUGCGACGCCACCUGCGGACCCUGAUGGCCCAGCGACUGGCCAAUCUGCUGAACGCCGAGGAGAGCAUUCAGACGUACGGCAUGUACAUAGCGGCCAGUGUGGAGCCCGCCCUGGUCAGGGACAUUCUGGUGCACGCCAUCGAGGACGUGUACUUCCAUCGCCCGCAGGAGAAGCUGGUCCAGCAGCUGGAGCAACUGUACGCGGAUCGCGACGAGGUCAGCUUCCGCACGAUGAUCGAGGCGCAGUUGGCGCUCUUCUGGCGCUAUCAGGCCAUGCAGGACAGCAGCGAGGCGUUCCUGUUCAACGUGGCGCACAUGGUCAGCAAGAUACGGAGCCAUCACAUGUACGCCAGCGUGGAUGCGGGUCUGCAGAAGCGAGUGGAGGCACUGGGACAGCGUCUGCCGCCCGUUCUAGGCCUGCUCUUCGAUCCGCAGGGCUUCUGCCUGCUGAGCCGCUCCGAUCGCGAGUACAUCUAUACGACCAUAACGGACGAGUGGAACUACGGGCUGAAUGGGCGGCAGGUAUUCUCCUGGCGCGAGAAGAACUUCACCGAUUCCGCGGGCCUGACACGCGCCUUCGUCCAGGAGCAGCACUCCACGCCGCUCUUCACGCUGCGUAGCGAGCUCUUCAAGUGGUACUACUUUGUGGAUCCCAGCGAGGGCAAUCGCUUGGCCGCCCUGCGCUCCGGCAGUCCCAGCUCCUCGACCAGCACCUGGACCAUCGCCUACGCGGGGGACGCACUCAUCUUCCGGCAGCGCGACCUCACGCUCUGUGCCGCCGAGAAGUUCGACGACGACCGCCGUCUGGUGAAGAUGCUGCCCGGGCAGAUGCACACGCCGCCAUCGGAGGCUUGCCAGUGGCUGCCGAUCGCCUGUGCUCCGCCAAAGUGAGCGGGAUGGCUGUACCCUGGAAUGUGCGCAACAAAUAAACUUAUGCGUAAGUGUAUAAGUGCAUUUAUUCCUAGCCAGUCAUGAACAAUUAAAUAUAUUUUUUAUAAUAA